CGGGGCAUACACUACCUAUAUCCGUAAUGUGUACACUAUCGCGAAUAAUGGAUGGACCUACUUAUCUCUGUGUUGGUAUUGUGUGUAUCCUAUCCACAGUGCAGAUAUCCAACACAUCAGUGAACACUAGUCGUAAUCCUACAACCAAGAAUACAAGCCAAAGUUCAGAUUAUAGCGACACGUCCACCAGUGACGCCGUAGUGGAUGGCUGUAGUCAACAGAAAUAUGAGAGUGGCUGUUGUUCACAUACACAAUCAAGCCCUCCACUAUCGGAAGCCUGGUGGCAGAUUGACCUAGGUGGUCAGGUGGUUGUUGAAUAUGUCAAAAUAGUCUACAGAGAUGACUCGUACCAUCAGAAAGAGCGAUUCGGUGGGUUUCAAAUAUAUCUGUCAAAUACAACAACGUGGAUAAAUGAUAACAAUUGCUAUAUCGACGAAACUCGACAACAAAAUUCCAUGAACCUAACGCCAACAAUCCAUUCUUGUAAAGGCAACACGAGAUAUCUCACCAUCGUCGUCGACCGACAAACUCGAAAGUACAAUUGGUACUCUACAUCAGCUAUAUUGGAACUCUGUGAAGUAGAAGUGUACGGUUGUCCCUUGGGAAAGUAUGGUCAGAAUAAUUGUGAUUCCAGCUGUGAUACAACAUGUGUUGACAAACUUUGUCAUCCUGAAAGUGGCCAAUGUACAUAUUGUGCGGAGGGAUAUUAUAAGUCUGGAACUAUGUGUAAAGCAUGUCAAACUUGUUUGGACAAUGUAUGUGAUACCGAGUCUGGUAUUUGCCAAGGUUGCCUCAAUGGAUACCAUGGUGACACCUGUAAUCAGCGAUGUUCACAGAAUUGUAAAGACAAUGCAUGCAAUCAAACAAACGGAGUUUGUAAAGACUGCGAUGAUGGCUUCUUUGGACCGUUUUGUGAGGCGUGUUCUUCUGGAUGUACAAAUCCUAUAUGUGACAGAGUAUCAGGAAAUUGUAGUCAAUGUAAAGUUGGAUUCCAUGGUAAUAACUGCGGGAACACGUGCCCUGCCCAUUGUAAAAAUAACGUAUGCAAUCAGAACAACGGGAUCUGCACAGAAUGUGAUGUUGGAUUCCAUGGCACAUCAUGUACCCAAGUAUGUUCAACCAACUGUAGGGGUACCCUAUGCCUCCAAGACAAUGGUUUUUGUACAGAAUGUGUUCCCGGGUUAUACGGUAGUACUUGUGACCAGACCUGUACCGGUAACUGUGCAGGCAACACUUGUAUUCAGGGAAACGGGUUCUGUACUGAGUGUAAACAAGGAUUCUAUGGAAGCACUUGUCAAUCCCGGUGCCCUGUCAAUUGUAAAGGCAACAUAUGCAGUCAGAACGGUGGGAACUGUGAAGAAUGCCAUGCUGGGAACUAUGGUGAUCACUGUGAUCAGAUCUGCCCGUCUAACUGCAAGGACAACCUGUGUAACCAGACUAAUGGUCGGUGUAUAGGAUGUGAACCAUCCUUCCAUGGUAGCAGUUGUUCUGUGAGAUGUCCAGAUAACUGUCAGGACGACAAGUGCAUACAAGAUAAUGGGACAUGCACAGCAUGUUUAUCCGGUCACCAUGGGGACAAAUGUUUGGAAAAGUGUAGGUUCUGUCAAGAUGGGAGAUGUGACAGGGACACUGGACACUGCAUUACUCCCUGUGUAGAUGGUCUCACUGGGGACAAUUGUGAUGUCAAAGUUGUACUUGUGCCUUUGACGAGUAAUGAAGACACCUACAAAGCCGUUGCUAUCGGGAUAGGCGUUGGAUGUGGAGUCAUCAUUCUUGCUCUGGUUGUUAUGAUACUUUUACUGGCAAGAAAACUGUUGUCAAGGAGCCAUCGGGAUACCUCGGGGUCUACCACCACUACAAACAUAUCACUCUCUAGCAUUGGACAGGAGCAACGGGCAGGCACAGAUGACACCUAUGAUGUAAUAAACGUCCAGAAGAGAGAGCAGUUAUCCACGAACAUACAUAAUACUGAGCUGGGAAUGUAUGAAAGUAUUCGGCAGAGGGAGAGAGAGGAUCCACAUACAUAUGACACCAAUUGUGCGGAGGGAUAUUAUAAGUCUGGAACUAUGUGUAAAGCAUGUGAAAAUUGUUUGGACAAUGUAUGUGAUACUGAGUCUGGUAUUUGUCAAGAUUGUAAUGACGAAUUCUUUGGACGAUUUUGUAUUGCCUGCUCUUCAAAUUGUAUCGAUCCUAUCUGUAACAAAACGUCUGGAAAUUGUAGUCCAUGCAAGAAUGGCUACUAUGGCAUUCGAUGCAACAAGUCGUGUCCAUUGAACUGUGCAAACAACACCUGUAACCAAACAGAUGGGGAAUGUUUAGGAUGUAAUUCAGGAUACUAUGGCAACACUUGCAACCAAUCAUGCCCAUCUGGAUGUAAAGACACCUCGUGUGAUCAGAAAACUGGACUCUGUGAAGGUAGGAACUAUUAUCUCUCUUGCCCUUGA